GAUAUCAGAUAAUAUCACAACCGAUCGCUAGUUUCGAUCGUUUUACCUCAGUCUUGAUACUUUUCACGCUUCGUACCCUUCCUUAUCUUCAAACGAAAAUGGUUCAUCAGCCAAGCAUCUGGGAACUCUUUCUUGAUCGUGCGAAGCAACAAUUUCGUGACCAAAAAUACGAAUGUCAAAACAACGAUUGGAGAAUUAGAGGUUUCAGCAAGCUGUCGGGUCGGAUGCAAACUAGUUCCGAAGGGAGGACGAUUACGAAUUCUGAUUAUAGGCGAAAUAUUUGCUAUGAUAUCGAGUCCCCCUUCGAUUCAUGGUUUGAGUCUGUUACUGAGGCGGUCGGUCCCUACAAACAACAUACUCCAUGUAUCCCAUCCAACGGUGGUGGUAUGCAAGUAUUUGACUAUGCACAAAAGCCUGGGAAUCUUUUAUCCAAAGUGAGUCUAGCUUUCGACGCUAAAGAUACAUCCACUGCAGCAUCUGGUAGAGUUUUCAAUGAAAACUAUCGAGAUACCACAGACUAUUACCUUGGAAUGAACACCGAGAGAAAUAUCGGAUCUAACACGUCCUCAUCUGAUAAAACUCACACUCGAUCCGUUUCGACAUCUUUGGGUCCAAGCUUAUCGUCCUCAUUUGCAUCGACCGCAUCGACUGACAUUACGACGCCAGUGCUUGACCGAGAUCACUUCCAAAUACCCAGCUGGGAUAAAUCUAUGCCACAUAUGCCAUUCAAUGACACGCCAAACUGUCUUCAUGGAUACAAAUCAUUGGCCAAGAUACCCCGAGACAUCUUGGUGCUAGACAAGUAUCCAGUACACGAAGAUGUGGAUAACAAGGCACCCGAGUUCAUCCCAUCAGCAAUCCUCAAAGGCGAAAGCCGCCCGGCCAAUCCCGAAAUGAUUCGUAAAGCUGCAGAAGUUGGUCUUCCUCAUAAUCCGAAUUAUAAAGGCGAACUGACCAACUUCAAUCUCCGCAAUGCGAUGUGUCUCGACCACGAGAACUGUUCUGUGAGAAUCCAUAAGAUCCCUCCAGAAGCUAGUCAUUCCGAAAUCUUCGCUGUAAUCACCCAUGGCAAAGUUUUCUCAUUCAACUACACCCCUCCAAUUAAAGGACUUUUCACUCACGCCGCUGCCGAUCUUGUCUUUCUCACACGAGAGGCAGCACAAGACUUCUUCCAUGACGCCAAGUUUGGCCGUGGUCUUUAUGUUCGUGGCGAGAGGCUUAUGGUCAUGUGGAAUAGGAUUAAAGUGAUGCCGGCGGAAGGUCGAUAUGAAAAAAUGUCAAGAGUGGUCAGAAUUAAAGGCCCAGCAGCGGAAUUUUCGUCAAAAACGAUCGAAGAAUUCUUUCGGGGCAAAUUUGAGUUUGAUCUGGUCACGACUCAAGAAUGGGUUCAGCGAGAUGGGUUUAAAAUUGUCGAAUUGGCGUUUUCGUCUAUUCGUAGUCAAAGUGAGUCGGCAGUGAAAAGUUUCAACCUCUAUAUCGAACAGAAGAUGACGAAUGUCGGAUAUAAUAUCUGGUAUGCUCCUGAUCCAUGCUUCAAGCUUGAUCGCAUAGAAGAUUUUCUAUUUUUCGAGAAAUAAGGGGAUCGACUUGAUUUGAUACAGAAUUGAUUCUCCAGCACUGGAUUGGUUGAUCAUGGCAGCCUUUAUCUGCCAAUUUAUUAACGGCAUCUUGUCGAGAAUUGAAACGUUCAAUUUUUCAAUAGCGGUUGUCUGCUUUUCUUUCUCCUUGAACAUUCAACUUCGAUCGAGUAUUGCGGAUGCAAAUGGGUCUCGAAUGCAACUUGUCCAGUUCCUUGUAAUUCGACCUAAUGAUAUUGCGGUUCAAUAUCAUAUACCCGGAAACUCAUAUAGACCCUAUGUUUCGAGGUCGUUCGUUUCUUUUUGCGUAGUGCGUGUAUAUUCAUGAUGGUUAGGCUUUGUGUAUCUUCGUUCAAGCGGUCUGAAAGAUGCGUUAUCAAGAGCACAAGUGACAAUUCUGCAGUGGCGGCGAAACCGAGGAAUAAUGUAGGCCAAUGAGUCCAGAAUAUUGAAAAUCAAUUAGGCUUUUUUAUGAAUGAGAAAUGUGAAUGAUUAAGCCAAAAAUCCAAAAAGCCA